GUUGAGUAAAUUUUGCAAUAUUUGAUAUUGCUUACUACUGCUCUGACAGUACGGGGUGGUGAUCCUUCUGUUGACGUGAAAUUGCGCUUCACUUUAUGAGAUAUUGGGUAACUGCGCUAUCCGGUGGGCGGUGACAAACCUGUUUAACAUGGCUACAAGGUAUAAUAUAAGUAUCAGUUGUAAGGCAUAUCUAGCGCUCACUGUUGCGAUCUGUUACUAUAGCUAUAGUGUUUGUCAGUAAGACCCCGGCCCAGCUAGACGGCACGUAACGUGUAUCAUGACUGUAGACCCAACGUUAUACUAUAGGGGGUGGAGCAGUUAUACUGCAGUAGACCAAACGUUAUACUGUUUUCGUUCGUUAUUUUACUUCGUUUGUUGUGCAGCAUUGAUGCAACAUACAUUUUUUCAAACACCUAAAACUUGGAAGAGAAGAGAUAAGUUUUAAACACCUACUAUUAUAUAUUAUUUGGAAAAGAUGGUUGAACAAAGAAUUACAACUGAUUACAAGACGUCAGAUCCGUACCAGUGGGGAAUAACACACGAGUGGGCUGAUAACAUUCUAGCAUCCACAUUCGUUCCAAUUAUACUCCUGGGCACCUACGCUAACACUAAAUCUGCUGCUUUACUCUUUGUAAACCGACAACACGUUAAUUUGAACGCGUACGUGAUCCUCUCCGUAACCCUGUGUGUGAGUGACACCCUCAUGCUCCUCCUCACUGGUAUCCCCACCACUGUGUCAAUGUUCCAGCUGAGGAGACCUAUACUUGAACCCUUCUGCACUGUCUCCGGGUGGUUCCUCAACUUUAACCUCCGCUUCUGUUCCUUCAUCACCACCUGUAUCUGCAGUAUGAGGUGUUAUGCUGUACUCUACCCGCUACAUUUACCUGUCAUACCCAAGAAAUGUCUCUCACUCAUGGUUCUGUUCUGUUCCUUCCUAGCAUUCCUUAGUGCUUCACUUCCUUUCUUCUUCUCUAAUCUCAGCUACUACCACUACAACCGGCUAAUAGGCUUCUGUUACUUCGUCCUGCCCUUCUCCUACUCUGACAACCCCCUCAACUGGUCCCUUACUCUCCUGGUUAUAGAGGGAGUCUUUUUCGUUCCUUUCUUCAUCUCCAUAGUUACCUGCUGUAUGAUGAUCCCAGUGCUAUGUAACAAGGGGAACAUUGGUUCCAUGGGCGGGGUGGAGGAGAGGAAUUACAAAGCUAUAUGGAGUAUUUGCAGGAUAACACUGUUCACAGUUGCCUGCUUCGCUCCACAGCUCAUCUGGGCUGUUAUCGACAAAGUGUGCGAGUUUUACUCUGCCAGAUGUGGGAAACACGAUAGGUUCUGCUGGUUCUGCUCUAAUCUGACAAUUGGAACGUAUCUCAACUACAGUCUCACUCACCUGCUCAUCAACUUCUGCCGAGCUACUGCUAGUCCCUUCGUGGCUAAACUGAGCAGUUACAUCCACCAACUCAAGAAGAACAGAGCUGUUGCUUAGACUUUGCUUGAGAGGGUUACUGUGGACAAGAUGUGUAGGAAGGUGGUUGUAACUUGUUACAUCACAAUGUUAAAACCUUAUCACAAUAUCAUAAUCACUAUGUUAAAAUUACUGAUUUUAUAAAUAGGGCACCAGAUCUUGAGAGUCUAUCAGAAUUCAGUCUUCGCUGAGUCUAUUCAGAAUCAAUCAGAAACAAUCCGAAAUGUGAAUGAAAGAAACAUAAAAUCAUGAGACUCAAUAAUAAUACACGACUCAAUCAGAAUGUCUUAAGAGAUAAGAGGGGCGUUUACUUUAGAACAGUAUGACACAUAAUCUCCCGCAGGUUAUGAUAAGGAUGUGGUCCCCAAAAGUAUGUACGUUUUAGAACUGAAACGUCGUGUCCCAAAAAGAUUUUCUGUAAUAAAUUGAACAUUUUAAAAUUAUGUUAUAUUUGUAUGAAAAGCAUUAAUAAUGCAGACUCAUAUUUCAUAUUAGUCUGAUGAGUUAUGGACAAUAUAAUGAGCGGAUUAGAGCUGCAUUAAAAUAGCGUAUCUUUGUCCAUUUAAAUCACAGCAGUUCAGUGUUGCAAUAACAUCACUAGAACAAUCGAUUGAGUAACCUAUUAACAGGUUGCUCUGUUUUCAACCUUACAGUACACUUCGUCUUUUGGUCCUGUCAUUACGUUAGAAAUUUCCAUUGCUUGCGGAAUAAUGAUAGUUGUAUUACUGUAAAUUUCCAUUGCUUGAGG